AUGAGCCGGCCAGCUGGUGGCGCUGCUGCGUCUCUUCCCACUGCAGCUGAGCCUCGCCUGCAUCCGGAGGGCAGCAGCAGCAGCAGCAGAAAACAAGAGCGAGCGUCGUCAGCAGGCAGAGCCGGGGACAUCGCGGUCAGAGCAGGGGCCAGGGCUGCGGGCGGGAAGCAGGCGGGGAGAGGCGGCCGGGCAGACACGCAGCAUCCCUGGCAGGGCGCGGAGCAGGGAGCUGUCCGCAGCCACGGUGGUGCUGAACGCGCAGCAGUCAGGGCGGAGGCCGCUGCAGGAGAGCCGUCACCAGGAGCCCUGGAGGCUCAGCGCAAAGACCCCUCCGACCCGUCACCUGCAGGCAGAGUGGCCACCCCCGAGCAGUCAGGGGACGGGUCCCCGAAGAACGUCAAGCUGAAGGGGAAAACCUCCCCCAAAGGAGGGGAUGGCGCACAGGCUGCAGGUGCGGUGGGCAAGAGCCCCAAGAAGCAGAGCGGCGGCGGGGGCUACUGGAAGGAAGGCUGCCUGCAGUCCGAGCUCAUGCAGUUCCACCUGAAGAAAGGCCUGGCUGCAGCGGCCGGGGGCUCCAAGGGCAAUGGCGGCGAGGCCGAGCAGCCCCCGGAGCAGCAACUAGCGGCACGGGCGGAGGACAAGCUGCAGGGUGAAGUGGACAAGCUGAGGGAGGAGAACGAGAGCCUGAAGAAUGAAAUAGAAGAGAUGAGGACGGAGAUGGAUGAGAUGAGGGAUACCUUCUUCGAGGAGGAUGCUUGUCAGCUGCAGGAAAUGCGCCAUGAGUUGGAGAGAGCCAAUAAAAACUGUAGGAUUCUACAAUACCGCCUCCGGAAAGCGGAGCGCAAGAAGCUUCGCUAUGCUCAGACGGGGGAGAUAGAUGGGGAGCUGCUACGCAGCCUGGAGCAAGACUUGAAGGUAGCCAAGGACGUAUCAGUGAGACUUCAUCACGAGCUGGAAAAUGUGGAAGAAAAGCGGACUAAAACAGAGGAGGAGAAUGAAACGCUCCGUCAGCAGCUGAUUGAGGUCGACAUAACCAAGCAGGCACUGCAGAAUGAGCUGGAUAAGCUGAAGGAGCUAUCAUUGAAAAGAAGAGGGAGCAAGGAUGCCCAGAAGUCAGAGAAAAAGCCUGUACAGACACCAACAGAGGAGGACAAUGAAGAUUUAAAAUGUCAAUUACAAUUUGUGAAAGAAGAAGCAAUGCUGAUGAGAAAGAAAAUGGCUAAGAUUGACAAAGAUAAAGACAGACUUGAUCAUGAACUUCAGAAAUACAGGUCCUUCUAUGGUGACCUUGAUAGUCCAUUACCAAAAGGAGAGGCUAGUGGUCCACCCACAACCAGAGAAGCUGAACUGAAACUCCGGCUUCGACUGGUUGAAGAAGAAGCUAACAUACUUGGAAGAAAGAUAGUAGAGUUGGAAGUAGAAAACCGAGGUUUGAAAGCUGAACUGGAUGACUUAAGAGGUGAUGAUUACUCUGGAGCUUCAAACUCAGUCCCAAGAGAGCAGAGUGAAUCUGUCUCAGAGUUGAGGCAACAUUUGCAGUUGGUGGAAGAUGAAGCUGAACUCUUACGACGAAACCUCUCUGACUUAGAAGAACAGAACAAACGUAUAACAGCAGAAAUGAACAAAUAUAAAUUUAAAUCAGGUACACAUGAUAGUUCUCGACAUACUGACAAUGUCAAGACUGAAGCAUUGCAAGAAGAGCUGAAAACUGCACGUUUGCAGAUCAAUGAGUUGAGUGGGAAAGUUAUGCAGCUCCAAUAUGAGAACAGAGUUCUUAUGUCUAACAUGCAACGCUAUGACCUGGCCUCUCACUUAGGAAUCCGAGGAAGUCCCAGAGACAGUGAUGCUGAAAGCGAUGCAGGAAAAAAAGAAAGCGAUGAUGAUUCCCGGCCUCCCCAUAGAAAGAGAGAAGGUCCUAUUGGUGGGGAAAGUGACUCAGAAGAGGUUCGCAAUAUUCGCUGCCUUACACCUACUAGAUCAUUCUAUCCUUCCACUAGUGUCUGGCAAAAGAACUUUGCUGAGAGACAACAAAUGAAAGAUAUUCGAUCUGAAGCUGAACGAUUGGGUAAGACCAUUGAUCGUCUUAUAUCAGAUACAAGCACGAUCAUCACCGAAGCAAGGAUUUAUGUGGCCAAUGGUGAUCUGUUUGGACUCAUGGAUGAGGAGGAUGAUGGAAGCAGGAUAAGGGAACAUGAGCUACUCAACCGUAUCAAUGCACAGAUGAAAGCUUUUAGAAAAGAACUUCAAACCUUUAUUGAUCGACUUGAGGUUCCAAAGUCUUCGGAAGACAGGAACGCUGAUGAUCCUCUUUCAGUUAGCCAGAUGUUCCAGCCUAUUAUUUUACUUAUCCUCAUCCUAGUAUUAUUUUCUUCUCUUUCCUACACAACUAUAUUUAAGCUCGUCUUCCUUUUCACCCUCUUUUUUGUCCUGUAACCUUUUCCGCCAUCUUCAUUUUUGUUUUGUGUAGUUAUUUUUUUUCAGUUUUGCUUGUUUUGUCCACUCACCAAGAUAAGAAGUAAAAGAAAUAUUGUUUCUGCACCAAAGAAAACACUGAAGACCGCAUACUUGUAUAUAGAAAACCAUCAGACUACUGGCAGCUACUAAAACUGGAGUGACUGCCUUGAUUCCUCUCGUUGUAGUUGGAAGAACUUCAUAGAGAAUCCAUACUGCUUCACAGUAAGCCUCCAUCCAGCUGCCUGUGGUACCGCAUUCAGCUACGUUCUGCAGAUAAUCACUACUCAGCAGAAGGCAGGUGAAAACAGGGGGAUUUUGCUUGAGCUGAAGGCUGUUUUGGAAGCGAUUCAGAGAGAACAGAGGAGAGGGGAAGAAAUGGACUGCUCUUCUCCUGCAGUCUCUAAAUGAUCAAUGUGGGUGGGAGAUUGGAC